AUGGCACCCAAGCGCAACGCCGACGACGACUUCGUCCUGACUCUAUCCGACGACGAGAACCUUCCCGUUGACAUCGAAGGAGAAGAAGAAGAAGAAGAUGGCGAAGAUAACAACGUGCUCGCGACAACGAAAAAGCGCAAGCGGGAAGCCACCGAGACCUCGACGAAGGAAAAGAACAAGAAGCAAAAGCAGCAAUUGACGAAUGGAAAGGACGACAAGAAGAAGAAUAAGAAGGGGAAGAAGGGUACUGAGCCUGAGCCUGAACCUGAGGAAGAUGAGGAGGAUGAGGACGAGGAGGAAGCGGAUGUCGGCGAGGAUGAUGGGGCUUUGGACCCGGAUUUCGAGUUUGAUGUUGCUGGUGCUGCGAAUCAGGGUGUCGUUGAAGGGUUUGAUGGAUGGGGUGCUGGAGAGGGCGAGGGUAAGAAUGGGGAUAAGAAGGGUGUGGAUAUUGAUGACAUUAUUUCGAGACGACAGGCGAAGAAGGAGGCCGAUUCGAAGAAGAAGCAGAAGAAGCAAAAGAAGGAAAGUUCCGACGACGAAGCCGAGGACGGUGGCGACGAAGAUGGCAUGGAUGUCGAUUUCAAGGAUGAUGAACUGCUUGCUACUGAUGGGUUCGGUAUGGGUGCUGAUGGGGAAGACGAGAGUGAACAAGAGGACAAGGCUGGGUCUCAGGAAGACGACGAUUCAGAGACAGGCAGCGACUCCGAAGAGGACGACGACGAUGCGGCAUCUGAUAACGACUCGGUAGCGACCCCUGUCAACCAUCCUGACGAUAAUGGCUCGGACGACUCGGAGGCCGAAAGCGAUGUCGACGAUGAGGAACAAGAAAAGCGCAGGGCAUUCUUCGCACCCGAAGAGAAGACCCCGGAACAGUCAAAUGCCGAUACGAAGCGGUCGUUCCAGGAAUUCAACCUGUCCCGUCCUAUUCUCCGUGGUCUGGCUGCCGUUGGCUUCUCGAACCCUACCCCUAUUCAGCGCAAGACAGUCCCAGUGGCCCUGCUGGGCAAGGAUAUCGUCGGUAGUGCUGUCACUGGUUCCGGAAAGACCGCAGCCUUCGUUGUCCCCAUCCUCGAACGUCUGCUCUUCCGUCCCCGAAAGGUUCCCACCAGCCGUGUCGUGAUCCUGAUGCCCACUCGUGAACUGGCAGUGCAGUGUUACAACGUGGCUACCAAGCUUGCUACCUACACCGAUAUCACCUUCUGUCAGCUUGUUGGUGGUUUCAGUCUGCGAGAGCAGGAGAACGUGCUGAAGAAGCGCCCCGAUGUGAUCAUCGCUACACCCGGUCGUUUCAUCGACCACAUGCGCAACUCGGCUAGCUUCACGGUCGACACACUGGAAAUCCUGGUUCUGGAUGAAGCAGACCGGAUGCUCGAAGAUGGUUUCGCCGAUGAGUUGAACGAGAUUCUCACCACUAUCCCCAAGUCGCGACAGACGAUGCUCUUUUCUGCUACCAUGACAGACACCGUCGACAAGCUUAUCCGUGUCGGUCUCAACCGUCCUGUUCGCUUGAUGGUCGACGCAAAGAAGAACACUGCUUCUUCGCUGGUGCAAGAAUUCGUGCGGUUACGUCCUGGGCGUGAAAAUAAGCGACUCGGGUACCUUAUGCAUCUCUGCAAGGAGAUCUAUACCGGUCGUGUCAUUAUCUUCUUCAGACAGAAGCGCGAGGCGCACCGGGUUCGGAUUGUUUUCGGACUCUUGGGACUCAAGGCUGCGGAGUUGCACGGUAGCAUGAGCCAGGAACAGCGUAUUAAAAGCGUUGAAAACUUCCGCGAAGGACACGUCGCUUUCCUCCUAGCCACAGACCUGGCCUCCCGUGGUCUCGAUAUCAAGGGUGUCGAAACCGUCAUCAACUACGAAGCUCCCCAAAACCACGAACUCUACCUCCACAGAGUCGGUCGUACGGCCCGUGCCGGCCGCUCCGGUCGCGCCUGCACCAUCGCCGCCGAACCAGACCGCAAGGUCGUCAAAGCCGCUGUGAGAGCCGGUAAAGCGCAAGGCGCCAAGAUCGCUUCCCGCGUCGUCGACCCCGCCGUCGCUGACUCCUGGGCCACCAAAGCCGAGAACAUGAAGGAGGAAAUCGACGAGAUUCUCGAGGAGGAGAAGACAGAGAAGCAGUUCGCGCAGGCUGAGAUGCAGGUCACCAAGGGCGAGAAUCUGAUGAAGCACGGGGCGGAGAUCAUGGCACGGCCGAAGCGGACGUGGUUCGAGACGGAGCAGCAGAAGAAGGAGGCGAAGAAGAAGGGCGCGGCUGCGCUUAAUGGACCCGAAGCUGGCUUGAGCAAGAAGGACAAGGUGAAGUUGUCGAACAAGGAUAAAAAGCGACUGGAUGAUAGCCGGGCCAGAUCGGAGGGUAACCCGGGAUGGAAGAAGGGCAAGGCAAUGAGGGAGGCGCCCCCGGCUUCGAAGAAUGGUAAGAAGCAGGGUCAGAAGGGCAAGGGGAAGGGGAAGAAAUGA